AUGGACUUCAUAAACGUUACUAUUGAGGAAAAGAAUAAAAGUAAAAUGUUAAGGCGCAAUUUACAAGCCAUGGCUAGGAUCGUUGAGAAGCCCCAUGGUUUGUUUUAUCAGACCUUAUCAAACAUCUCAAUAGACAUGACAACAGAGACGUCCAGCACUAUACUAGACUGGGUUUAUGAUGAAAAUAUCUCAACUACAGAAGAAAAUUUCUUAACCGACAUCACGACUUCUGAUUAUGAGAAUGUUACUGAAGUGACGUUAUUCAAUAAGAAUAUUACAACUAAACCAAGUUUACGAAAGAAGUCUGAAGGGAGAUGUGGAUGCAAUAUUUUGUAUAAAACAUGUGAUAUUAAUUGUUGCUGUGAUACCGAUUGUUCGGAUACAGAAAGAAUGUUAUUCUCGCAAAACUGUAAAGAAACAUAUCUCAAACAAUUCAUACAUCCCUGUAGUUCAGGUCAAAUGAAACAAACGAAUUUUUUAGAAAAUUUAUUUUGUAUUUCUAAAACUAACUUACCCGAUAAACGCUUAACAGACAUACAGUUUGAUGAGGCAGCAAUUUAUAGGUACCAUAGGUGGCGUAUUAGUGACAAGCAAGAAGAAUUUAAUGAGUUGGGUAUUUAUAAAUACAAUGAUCCAAUAUGGUUGAUGAACGAGUCAAGAUUUCAUGCCGAUAUUCCAAUGGCAUUCGCCAACAAUUAUUGCAAUGAUAAAAGACGAAUAAGAUUUUUAAUAAACGAAAACGUCAAAUGUAUUGUAAAGCUGAAGGAUCUUCAUAUGUUUCAAGCUUUAAAAGCCACCAAUAGUAGCGUCUUAAGUAUGGAGGAAACAAUUAAUGCCACGAAGAGCGAAUUUCAUACAAAUUGGACUUUAGUCAUAUGCGAUGACAAUCACUGCCGAGCAUAUAAUAAAACUGGUGAUGAACCUCAUUGUACCGAUAUUUACUGCGAGAACAUCGCUACUACUGUGCAAUAUAAUUUCUAUUAUUACAAUUCAAGAAUCACAAAAGCUGUAUUAAAAUUACACGUUCAGAAAGUGUCCAUGCGAAUUCCUUUUAUAACACAGACUAUUCAAGUAAAAUUUUAUUUAAGCAACGAUUCUAUAGAAAAUGUCAUCAAAUUAAGCGGAAAUCCGGGAUACAAUUGGGGUCUACCAAUUAUAAUAUCGAGUGCCGAGAGUAACCAUACACUGCAUUUCUUCAAUAAGACUCAUGAGAAAAGAAUUCUUACGUAUCCAGAUAACAGAAACGGGAAAUGUCUAUCAUCAAAUGUUAGAUACAAAAUAGUCCAAUUUGGACACAAUAAAAGAAGCAAAUGCAGAUACCACAUACAACAGAUCGACUUAAAAAAUGGCACGACCGCUUGUCAUUUGAUACAAAAUCAAAUAUUAAAUUUACUGGGACUAAAUUCUACACUCUAUAUAUCGCCGUAUGGUAAUCCUGAACGUCUAAGCGACGAGCAAUGGCUACGAAUGCAAAUCGUAAGAACCUACAUAUAUGGGGUGUUCAAAAAUAACGAAUUGACGUGCAACAACAUUAUAGCGAGGAUCGGAUAUGUUAUGGCGUAUGAAAGUGAACAACUUGUAUAUGUGAAGGUCAAAGGCACCGCACAAAAUAUAACAUUCGACAUAGAGGACCUUUCGACAGUGAUCACCGUAGACACGAGCUUUUUAGAGCUGAGAAAAUCUUUAGAAUUCGCCGGCGCACCGCACCUAAACAUAAACCUGCCGAAAAACUUCUUCUAA